AUGCUUGCUGAGAAAAGCAGAUACUUGGAACAGUCCAGGGACACGAAGAAGGGGUUGAAGCCAAGGGAAGGGUGCGAAGUCACGGAGAUCCACCUGGAGAAGCACUUGUAUGUCAACGGGGCCCUGGACGAAGAGAUCGGAAAGCUUCCAUCUUUGCGGUACUUGAACCUCCAACACACCAAGGCAGCAGGAGAUUUGGCCAGCUUAGCAAACAGCCCCCAGCUGCAGAGGCUGUACCUCGGCAACACACAGGUCUCCGGUAACCUCCGCAGCCUAGCAAACAGCCCCCAGCUGCAGGUGCUGGCCCUCAACGACGCACGGGUCUCCGGUGACAUCAGCAGCCUAGCAAACAGCUCCCGGCUGCAGAAACUGUACCUCACCAACACACAGGUCUCCGGUGACAUCAGCAGCGCUGCAAACAGCCCCCAGCUGCAGGAGCUGGUCCUCAGCAACACACAGGUCUCCGGGGACAUGAGCCUAGCAAACAGCCCCGAGCUGUGGCUGCUGGACCUCGGCUACACACAGGUCUCCGGUGACCUCCGCAGCCUAGCAAACAACUCCCGGCUGCAUUGGCUGGACCUGAGAAACACACAGGUCUCCGGUGACAUCAGCAGCCCUGCAAACAGCCCCCGGCUGGCGUGGCUGGACCUGAGAAACACCCACGUCUCCGGGGACCUCCGCAGCCUAGCAAACAGCUCCUGGCUGCGGCGGCUGGACCUCACCAACACACAGGUCUCCGGUGACAUCAGCAGCCUAGCAAACAACUCCCAGCUGCGGCGGCUGGACCUCACCAACACCCACGUCUCCGGGGACCUCCGCAGCCUAGCAAACAGCUCCUGGCUGCGGCGGCUGGAGCUCACCAACACACAGGUCUCCGGUGACAUCCGCAGCCUAGCAAACAACUCCCGGCUGCAGUGGCUGGCCCUCAGCAACACACAGCUCUCCGGUGACAUCAGUAGCCUGCAAGGCCUCAGCAACCUGUCAGGCCUCGCUUUGUCGAACACGUCGGUCUCCGGCGACAUUGGCGUCCUUACCAAGUGGCCAGAAAUCCAAUUGGUGGACCUCGCGCGCACGGAGGUUACUGGGCGGCUUACGGCUUCCUGGCGGGGCCGCUGUGCAAUGCUGGGGUCUUUGGAGCUAAGCCACAGCAGAGUGGAGUUCUUGCCGGCUGCUGAGGAUCGGCAGGAUUUCCGGAUGAUUCACACGCAAGAGGAGAAAGCCAUCUUCCCAAAGCUGAGUUUGCUGGAAAUAUCUGGGUGUCCUUUGCGGGGCAACUUCAGCGACAUGUUGCAGCCUCUCUUGGCUUCUGGGGUUCUAUCCACCAUCAAGGCUGACGGCUGCGGCCUUCUUGGAAGUCUUCCCCAGCUAACUCACAUGUCCGCUGUUGUUGAUGGGACUUCUUGGACUUCUUGGAGUUCUCCUUUGGCAGAGUCCUUGCUGAGUUUGGACCUGUCGUCUAACAAAAUGUCCUUCAUCGACGAGAUCCCACGAAGAGUGCAGGCCCUGUUGCUGGCAGACAACCCGUCAGUAGCCUUUGCCGCCGGGGUUCUUGCCAAGGCUGUCUCCGACGGCAUCUUUGUGGACUUGCAGAAAGUCACGUUGGAGAACAAAACCGAGGCCAAAGCACUCCUGGAAGGGGGUCAGCUCUCCCGUACGGACAAGCGCUCCUCGGAGAGCGUCGAAGGUGGAUUCGCCUGCUUCGACCUCACAUCGAAGGCGUUGCAGAUCACGCCAGCACGCUUUCUGCCUAUGGAGCUGUGCAGCUGUUCUCCUGGGCGGCAGGGUGCGGGAGCGGACUGCGAGAAGUGCCCAGUGAAUCACUUCAAGGGAGGAUACAACGGAACCUGCCAGAAGUGUGAGCCAGGAAGCACGGCACCGGAAGGAUCCACAUCAUGCACCUGCACUGUUGGCGAACCCUACGAUGACCACGGCACAAACCGCUGUGGAUGUGUUGCUGGCGAGGCCUACAACAGGUCAGAAAAUGGGAAGCAUGACUGCCUGCCAUGCCACAACUUGCAUUUACUUUGCCCGCAACCAGGCAUGCUGCUGUCCUUAGCCAUGCCGGAAGAGGGCCAUGCCCGCCUUCAACAGGGAGACACCGCAGCACUUCCCUGUCUUCCUCCGAAGUACACCAGGUGCAACGCGUCCACCGGCAAUGCUUCAAGCACACUGGGGUGCGCAGAUGGCUACAGCGGCCUUCUCUGCUCCGAUUGUUCCCAAGGUCACUACACCGCCAGCAACCUUUGCGAAGCGUGUCCAAGCACAGAUGCCAUGCCGCAGCUCUUGCACAUAGCCAUAGCAGCAGCUGUUGCUUUGACCGUAGGUUUGGUGUUGGCCUUAGUGUGGCUACGGCACGGAACACCGGAAGCAGCAAAACUACCCAAAGCAUCUGCGCUGUCAGAGCUCAAAGAGGAGAUCAAGGGGCAGCUCUUACAGUUGUGCCAGGUGUGGGCCGUUCUUGCCGUGCUGGCCAAAGGAGAACAGGGACAGAGCUCAACAUCCUUGUGGGAACUGCCAUACGUAGAGGUUUUGCAAUUUUCCUUUGCAAGCCUCCUGAACGGCCUGAACUUACAAUGCCGUUUUGACGCUUCGACCGUUCGGUUCGCUUCCGCCCUGAUCGCGCCGGUCACUCCAAUUUUGCUUCUGGUUUGCUGCAUUGCUUUGGAAGUCUACAACCGAUCUGGCAUCAGUGCUGGUUUGAAGGUGCUGACGAUGUUGUACAUCGGGGGUGCGUCCGCGGCAUCAAAGCUGUUAAGCUGCCAAACAACGGACGGCGAAGGCAAUCUCCUCCCGAAGGAGCUUACUUUCCGCAAGUCGCUUCCUCACCUGCGUUGUCAUGAUGAUCCUCUUGGACCCUACGUGGAUGCGACAGGCAUGGCCACUGCCUUUUGCUACGGAGUUGUGGUUCCGGGAUGCCUCGUAUACCUGUAUGCCAAGCAGCAUUUGGUGCUUUUACCAGGCAAGGCGACUGUGGCUUGUGCAGCAGACCAUGGAGAUUUGGAAGUGUGGCUGGUGCAAACAAGAAGCUCUUCACCUGACAAGUUGACUCUCAAGCAUGCCACCAUCACACGGCGUGUGGUGGCUGCAGCUGCGGCCUACAUCUCCGUACUAAUGCGAGGUCGUGUGAGCGUACAAUUGAAGGAGAACACGUUGAUUGUGAAGCCCAUCGCAGGUCGUUCCUCUCGAACUGAGCUUCAAAGCGCCACUGCGACCAGUCCGGCUUCCGAAGUUCACGUUAGCUCCUUGAGCCGAGAACUUGCUGAAGCCAUGAUGGACCGGUGCCUCAUGGAGGAAAGCGAAGAACGAGUCUUGGCAGGCUCCAAAGACAUCUUCCUCAAGUACACUCGUUGCCGAAAUGUGUACAUGGAAAUCCUGCAGAAAGGUGCCGCCAUUGCGUUGGUGUCAGUGGCAGGCAGCGAAGAUGGCUUGCAGCUGUCAGUCGCAAUCACUUUGCUGAUGGCUGCAACAAGCGGAAUGGUGCAGCCGUUUUUGCAGCCACAGAUCAACGCUCUCCAAUGCUGCUGCUUUUUGUGCUUGGCUCUGGCGUCGGUGAGCUUCAGCUUUCAAAUGGCUUGGCUGAGUCGCUUCGCCUUGGCGUUGCCUUUCCUGCUCAGCGCCUUCUUACUCCUAAGGCCCGACAGCACGGAAAGCCUCUCGGUACGACUCUGGGAACAGCUAAAGCAGCAGAUUCCAAAGCUGGAAGAUGGCAAAGCAGUGGAGGUCGUCGCCGAGACCUUUACUUUCAUAUGA